ACAUCGUCUGUCUUCUGCGCGCAACUUAGCGGCAUCCAGCAAUCCAUUGAUGAAAUUGUUGAUUGGAAAGACAUUUGCCCACGAUUCAACCGGUACCUGAACUGGUCCGUCGAUACCGCGUUUGCAAACUGGACAGUUAAACGAUUUAGGUGGUCGCUGCUCAUGUGUACUCUGGAGAAUAUGUUCAGAGAUGCACUCGUGACAAAACGAAUGAAGACAAGACAGAGUUCGGGGGUCAGUGAAAUCUUCGGAACAUAUCGGGCAUAUAAGAAACUCUUCGGCAAUAUCACUAAGAUCAGCGAUGCUGCCCGCCAGACUUCUGUGGGUCAGGCGAUAGGUCAUCUAAAAAAGAAAUGUUAAUCAAUGGAUUGAAUGAACACUGAAGGUGUGGUAUACUAGGAUUCCAAAUUUCACUGUUUAUAUAGUUAGGCAUUGUUUACAAAUACGGUGAUCAUUUCCGUGGGAUGUAUACAGAUAAAACCUCAGCAUUACCUUAAUCGCUGCAGAAUGAAAACAAAUUCCAGCAUUACUUGUUUCUCCUAGGUGUGGAACUCUCGUUGUCUUGUUUUGACAGCUAGGUUAAGAUUUGGUGAGGGACAGAUUUAUCGACAACGAUGCAAACAUCGAGAUACAAAGACUCUUUCUGGGACAGAGACAUCAACAGUUCUAAGGGAUAUGAUGAGCUCAAAAACCGCAUGAAAGAAGGAAGAAAACUGUCUAAUGAAGUGGAAACCUAUUUCAGACAGAGAGCAAAGAUAGAAAAAGAUUACUCCAAAGACCUACAGAAGCUCGUGGAAAACUGUAAACUGAAGACAGAGUUGGGAUCACUAGAGAAAGCAUGGAAAGAAGUUAAGAUUGGCACGUCCAAAAUAGCACAGGUCCACGAGACAGCUGGAGUGGACUUUGAGAAACUUGCCCAAGAAGUGUCAUCUUUCACCGACGAGCAGAAACGUCAAGUAAAAGCUAUGGAGGAGACUGUUCAGAAACUGCACUCCAGCCUAAAGUCAGUCCACAACAAGCUCACUAGUCAAGAAAAGACCUACCACCAGAAAGGGGAAGAAUACGAUAAGUUGCAAAAUUCACUUAAAUUCUCCGAAAACAACCGAGGUCAAGUCCAGCCAAAAGAAUUGGACAAGCUUCGAAUAAAGGAAUCCAGAGCAAAAGACGACAUGGAAAAGAAUGAAUCGUCUUACAAACAUCUAAUCGAGGAAUUCAACAAAUCAAGAGCGGUGUUCGAAAAAGAAAUGACCAUCAUGUGCGAGCUUUUUCAAGAGCUUGAUGAAAAACGAAUUGAUCACACGAGAGACAAUUUAUGGAAAUGCACAAAUGUGGAUUCCCGCACGUGCAUCGAUCAGGACGAGUGUGCCGAGAGAAUACGACAUACGAUUGAACCUUGUGAUAUAGACCGAGAUAUUCAGUUGUUUAUUAAAACCUACAAAACAGGGUCCGAUAAACCACGUGAUGUAAUAUACAAACCUUGCCGUGGUUCUCGGAAAAGUGACUUCAGCGGUGGCGACCAUUUGUAUUCAGAAGUGACACUACACGGAUAGGUGCGGAUAGAAAACUUCCAUUUCCCUACUCAUCUGAUGCUACGUUAGUUUGCAACUUCCUGGGACAUUUUUAUACGUGAAUAGUUGUUAGAUAUUAGAGACAACUUCUUGAAAUAUUUUUAUAUGCGAGUAGCUGUUAGAUAUUAGAGAUACUACAACUAAAGAUUUAUUUUUAUACAAUUUGUUUUGGUUUUUUCCUCAAUAUUUUUAUCUGGGCGUACCCGUUGUUGACUGUUGGAGCAAUCACCACUUUGACAAUCGUGACUGUAAUUAGUCAAUAAAACAGAAAAGUACCGGUAUAUUGUUUGACAGUAGUAUUUGUCUAGUAUUACAUAUCUUCUGUCUUGUUAUAUUUUCAUUUGGUUGUCUCCAGCCUGUUAGUGAAUGUAAUAAAAUUUGCCAUUUUCAA